UCUUCUGCCGGACACCAAAGCCAACCAGAACAUGAAAAGUAGCAAGGACAGUGGGAAACAGGUCAAGGGCACGGCAUUGACGCGCACCAAACAGCUUCUACUGCCGGGCAAGCGAGCUUUCGCUGGUGAACCCACGACAGAGUUCUCCAUGAUGGAAAUCGCGGAUGUCAACUUGGAGGCGAUGCGUUCCAAGGCCGUUACACUUCGAUAUGAAACACUGGCGGAUGUACAGCCUAAAGUUUUGCUGUACACGGGACGGUGGCGCUCUGCUAUUGGACGCAAAGAUGUCGGACCAGACGCCUCUGGUUCUUCCUCGAGGAAGUCGGACGACAACAACUCCACAUUGAAUCUUGUGCGACGUUUUAUCGGACGAAGACGGAUGCCACCCGAUAUUAUUCCUACCACUUCGUCGGCCACUACGUCGACCACUCCAUCCACCACGACUACACCAUCAUCUACGUCGACUUAUUCUAGUACGCCAACUACUCCAUCGACUACUCCAUCGACCACCGCAUCGACUACUCCAACAACCCCAUCAACUACACCAACCACGUCUACUUCGUCAUCAACUUCAGAAACUACCGUCCCGCACACAACGCCCACGACACUAAGGACUACACAAUCCACAACCACGGAAGCGUCCACUGAGGCUGUCCAAGACUACAAGGAGCAUACUUACCGCCAAGUGCUUAAGAACGACGAGAUCAUGCCGACUGCCAAUUCGACUAUAAAGGCGGGAACAACGAAGGGUCUGAUCCCCUUCGCACCUCUCACCCACGAUGUAAACCUACCAAUAUGGUCGUCGUCUCAAGCGACGUCAUCUGCCAAAUUGAAGGUUGAUACUUCUACGACUAAAACAACGCAGUCCAAAUUUGAGCUGAGGGAAGAAAGAACGGAGACAGUUCUGACGUCUUCUGUUACCACUACAGUACCACAGACUACCACAGAAGACAAGCCGCUUGAGUUUCGAAACGACGGCAUCGGCCGAGUCAUACCGGUGUUGGAGUGGGAGAAUGAUGAUACGACGGCAUCCCUUAUGCCCUGGAGCUCGCCGCCCUCAGCCGGAGCCAACUUCCCAGAAAUCAUAUCAGAAAACGGAGCAUCUGUGUCACCAGGCUCGAGCCAGUCAGGGGAGUUCAUACCACGUGAUAACCCAAUUCAGAGUCAAAUGCCCGUCUUUUCAGAACACACCGACCUGAGUAACACGACGACAACUCUCAGUCGUAAAACGAGCAGUGCACCUUCUACAGAAACAAGGCCGACUGAGACGUUUACACCAUCUGUUUCGCGCACUUCAGCAAGUGGUCCGAUCAUCUCGACUGGAAACCUCCAGGAGUCUUCUUCCACUGAGACUAGACACACACCUCCUCCAGUGUUCGGCGUGGAGGUAUCGCCAGAACAUGAUCAUAUCGGACCUGGUAAAAACGCUACAGGGCAAUUGAGAGACAAUGACGGAAUUGUAGAGGGUGUAGUUACGUAUGUAGACGGCCAACACACAAUUCCACGUCGAGGCAUUUCUACUACUCUUUCUGGAGACAGAUCAACCGAUAUAACGUCUGCCGGUACUGUGUCGUCCGCGAGGAACGACACUUCCGUGUUAUUGGAUGAAACUACUCGUCAAAUGAAAACCACACAAGAGCCCGUCUCCAUCCUGAAUAGCACUGUCAGCGAAUCGACGCUCUCAUCUACGUCUUUGCCUGCUUCCAAACAGGCAAGUUUGUCUAGAAUACCAAAGGCUAGCAGUGAUACCAGUACUGGCACAGCUCACGAAAGCUCCGUACAAAUCACAAAUAACGACAUUUCAGCCGGCGUGAUGUCUUCUGAGCAGCUUGGGAGCAGCACAACCUCCUACAGCGAGAAAGCACCCAUGUCAAUUACGUUAUCACAUGUGAGUGGUCCUGAAAGCACCGCUGUGUUCACAUCACUUGCCGCAGCAUUCCCAAACGAACCUGCAGGCAAAGCAAGGAGUGGACACCCAGGCGAAAUCGAGAACACCUCGUCAACGAAAAAUGUUGUUCCCCGAAGAGGUGUGGAAUUGAACGGAACCGUAGCGAGUUCCAGCAGCACGCCCACCGAGCAUGAGGGGCACAGUUUAUACACACAAACCGACACACCUGCCGUACGCCCAAGUUCUGGACCUGUCGGCAUGUUUGGCGCUGCAGAACCCUCUUCAAAAAUUACGUCGCAAAUCACCCCGGUAAGUACUGCAGCAAGUACCAGAGGAAGUCCCCAAGAAAGCACUGUUACGAGCGUCUCAAAGAGCACAGCAGGGAGUACCACCCUGAGCAACAUGCCAAGUACAACUGAAACGACAAUAGGAAGCACCACAGCGACCACUACCGAAAUGACUACAGGAGGUACGGAGCGUGUUACUCAACCUAGCAGUGAGUCUACCGUGAGAGGUACCUUAGAAACUACCGAAGAAGGCACGACGGAAGGCAUACCACCAUCUGCCUCUGAAGUGACUGCACCACGGGGCACUGAAACGUGGACCAGUAUUCCAACAGGCACGCAUAACCGAACGCUGCCAACAAACACCACGGGAACUCGUCGCCGCCGCGUUGUCAAACACGGCCAUUUCCACCGCAGCCCUCGGAAACACGGCGUGUCUCCGAGAGCUUCGAAGAACAUGACAGCUCACCGUCGUGAUUCCUUGGGCCGUGAACGCGACAGCGCAGGACGACUCAUCGAAGUUGGACGGCGAUGGAGAACGCCUUCCUCAAGACCUUGGAAAAAGCAAAGAACGUCCGCAACACCUCAAGCAUCACGCUCAAGCCCCAGCGCGCCGCCCGAAUCUAGUUCCCUUCCUCCUUCAUCCAGUAGCUUGCUGUCUAUGACGCGAAAAACCAGCGCUGGGUACGAGCCUAAAGUGAAGGCGAUUAAAAUCACUCAUGUCCACAGCUUGGACCAGGACCCUACAACUGUUGUGAUAGCCGAUGAGAAGUCCGAACACGUCUUGACGAAGAACGAUACUUUGGACGAGGCCAUGACUGAUUCUGAUUGGCCUGUCCCGAGCGUUGGUAAUGAUACUGAGUACAUUAACAGGAAGUACCAACAUGCAGGUGUGUGGCCAAAUCUUAAGGACCCAUCGAAGUUACAGAAGGAGCAUCCAGGUCAUCAUCACAAACAGCGAGUUCGCAAGUUGACCCGUUGGAGACCUCCCACGACAACACCGGUGACGGUGACGACUUCACCAUCUACUUGGCCUUCCUCCGAGAUUACUUAUACGACCGUCCCCGCGACAUCUUCGACUUGGUCAACGGAGACAUCUACUGCAUCGACUGAAGAGAGGACAGAAGGAACCUCGCGACCGACGUCGACUUCCGUAACGACAACCAUGGCGCCAGCAACAUCGGAGAUGAAUGUAUCAUCGUGGUCUCUGAAUGCAUCAAGUGUCACUCUCAGUCCCGCAGAAAGAGUAUUCACGAAUGAAACGUCUGUGAAUGACACGGCUGCAAGUUCGCUUACAUUCAACCAAAGUACAUCGGUGAGCAACGAAACCUCGAGCACAACGAAGGUGACUUCCUCGAUGUUUCCUUCCCAGCCAUCAGCAGCCACAUCAACAGCCACAUCAACAGCCACAUCAACAUCUACAUCAACAUCUACAUCUACAUCAACAUCUACAUCUACAUCUACAUCAACAUCCACAGUGAUCGUGCCUACAAAGUCCAAAUUGCGACAUUUAAAGCAUAAGAAGACGACCUACUCUAUCGCGAAGAAGACUACGGUUCCACAACCGCCUACACGGGUUACUUUAGUUUAUGCCAACGAAACGGCUUCUCGUUGCACAACCUCUGACUGCACAGAAGAAGGUGAGCGUCUGCGCAUCUACGUUGAUUGGAGCCGAAGUCCAUGCGACAACUUUUACGAUUACUCGUGCGGUGGUUGGAUUCGUCAUCAUCCAUUUCCCGCAAGUCGAAAGAAACUCUCUGUCGACGACCUCAUUGUCGAGCUGGUCGAACAGAAAAUUACCGAACACAUCUACGAAAACCUGGGAGAGCACACGACGUACAAAGAUCCCUUGCUGCACAACACAAUCAAGUUUUUCCAAGGCUGCAGCGACAAGAGUUCUCUCAUGAAAAGCCCCACCAUGGCCAUCCAGGGGGCCCUGGACGAGAUUCGCUUGACGGACUGGCCCUACGACGAGGAACCCUUGGACAUCGAAAUUCCGGAAGUGUUGGCUCUCUCUUCUCGGAAGCUCGGUGUCCAUCCUCUCUUCCGCGUCACUCUCGAGACGGACGUAACGACACCUACUUCCAUGAUAUUUGUUUUCCGCAGACCGUCGCCUGUGGCGCCACCUGACGCGUAUCUCGCCAGCGAAUUCAUGGCCACUUACCAGAAGUUGGUUACGAAGGCCAUGUCUUUCGUCAACAGCGACAAGAACAUACAAGCUCUGGCAGAGCCAGUACUCCAAGUUGAUCGCGAGGUGGCCAGGGUUAUUGACAAAAGCCAUAGGACCACGGACUACACCCUGGAGUACCAUCGCAAGAGCCUCGUCGAUGCGGACAAACGCAAAGAGUUCGACGUAGUGUCUUUCCUGAACGCGCUCAUGGAUGGCAUUGCUGUGCUUGACUUGGAUACCGAAUUUGUCACAACGUCUCCCAAAUUUUUGCAAGAAGUACUCAAUUUGACCCAGUCCUUUGAUAAGAGUGUCCUGCUCAACUACGUCGGGUUUCGGGCUGUGCUCUCGCUGUCUCCUUUGCUGCCUCAUAACGAUGGCCGUGAAUUGGCUCAUCUCUUGUACCUGCGAGAGAUACCGACCAGGACUCCCCCCAAGAGAUGGAAGUUCUGCAUUCGAAUGCUGGAGAACGUCUAUAAGCUCCCUGUUAUGCAGCUGCAACUGGACGCCCUGGAACCCAAGGGCGCACCGGAACACCUCAACAGGACAGUGGAACUUCUCAAGAAACACUUCUUCAGGGCAAUCCGGAACUCGACCCGCUUUGGACUGGCCACUAAGGAGAUGGCCAUCAGCAAGCUGAGAAAUUUGAAACUGGAAAGCUUCAACAGUCCGCACAUCCGGGAUCCUGAAGUUCGUGAGCAGCACUACCACGGGGUUCCAGAUGUGGAUCCCACGAACGUCCUGGCCGACUACACCGCUACGCUAGCUGUUGUGCUGGAGAACUACUGGAAUGCGUAUGGCGGCACAGGAAGACGAUACUCAUGGCAUGGGUCCAUCUUCGACACCGUCAGCACUUACGACCCAUUCGACAAUACGCUGUAUGUGCCUCUCUCCAUCUACAUGGAGAACGUCAAGUACAACACGUUCCAGUCGGCUCUGUAUUUUCCCCGGAGUGGAGCACGCGUCAUGGCUGCCAUGUACGAUAUGCUGGAACGCGAAGCGUCCUUCUUUGGACGCCAGAAUGAGGUGGUCAAGAACUCGGUCUGGGACUACAUCUCCACCGAUGGCUUCCUGUCCAUUAGGCGGUGCCUCAAGGAACAGUUUCGAAAAGCUGUCGUGCCGCAUCCAACGGCAAACUUACUCUAUACCCCGAGUUCAUCGCAAACACUGAGGCAGGACGUCAAGGACAACACCGUGACUUAUGUCGUGCACGAGGCAUUUAAGGAAAUGAUGCUGGACUACGGCUUCCGGAGCGGCGUCUUUUCUUUACCGGGCUUCACGGAGACUUCCGUGGAUCAGCUCUUCUUUCUACUUUACAGCACGAGCCAUUGCGAAGUAACGACUCAAGAAUCUCUUCUCGCAGACCAGGUAGCUGGAGUAACGCACCCUCAAAAAUACAGAGUCAACUUGGCCCUCCAAAACAACCGCAACUUCGCCCGGUCUUUCCGCUGCUCCAACGACAGCGAAAUGAAUCCGACCCGCAAAUGUCGUUCCUGGUGAUAUAACAGAUUCUGAAUCGUCGAUUGUUGUUCGUCCUUUACGUUUCAUUAAAUAUCGUUCACGUUCUUC